GCCGGCGGCCUGCGCGUGAAGUUUGCUGUCAGUUGAAGUCUGCUGCGAAAGCGUUCUGAAACGUCUCAAAAAAAUUUGUUUCGCCAAAUUUAGAGAGGAUUACAGAAAAUAGAAAAUUAAAUUUUGCAAAAAUGCAAGCUAUCAAUGGCCUCUACGAAGCCGCCAUGGGAGAUGUCCCGAGGAAAUUGUUUGAGAAGAUCCAUUCCAAGGCUCCCCACCUGCGUCUGCGCGAUGUUGCCGCCUACCGGGAUUACUUGAGCCGAUACGGGCCGAAAGUUGACGUUCCGGAACGGACCAAGGACAAUGUAAAAGCUGGUCAAUGUCGGCUGGAAGGUAACCAGUUUUACCACAAACAGAUGCAGAGUUUUGCGUUGGAAAAGUACAUCGAAAGUGUCUGCUGGGCCACGGAGGACUCGAAGGAUCUUGGAAUGGCGUAUGCCAACUGCUCAGCCGUCCUCUUCUCAGCACGGGAGUACGAGUUCACUUUGCUGGCCAUUGCCUUGGCAAAGAAGCAUCAUUACCCCGACGAGCUGAUGCCGAAACUACUGAAACGGGAAUCGGAAUGCAAGCUGAUGAUCGCGGGUGGUCAUUCCGGUUGUCGCCCGAAUAAGGUUUCGCCCUUCAAACUGAACGUCUCAGCAAAUCCCAAAAUUCCGUUCCUAGCCGAUGGUAUUACAAUGAAGGUACUUCCGGGCUAUGGCCGAAGUAUGGUAGCCGAACGGGGUUUCGAAGCCGGUGACGUCAUACUGGAAGAGGAACUGACCGCUUGUUCGGUCAACCGGGCCAAAAAGUAUCUGCUGUGCCAGUGUUGCGCGUACACCAUGGAUGCUUCCCCCGUUCCGUGUGUCCGUUGUGCAUCGGUGGUGUACUGUUCCAAGGAGUGUCGGCAAGUGGACAUGAAAGUUGUCCACCGUUUCGAGUGCGGCAUAGGCGAAAAACUCGAUCACAUCUCGUACGGGGCAGCCCGCAUAGGAGUUCGGAUGUUUUUCCGUGGGCUGACCCUGUUCAACGACGACGUAGACAAAAUGAUGGAAUUUUGUAAGGCACAUAAGCGAUCCGGAUCGGAUCCGUUUUCGCUGGACUACACUCGUACUUCCGGCAUAGCAGAUGAGGGAAACAUAACUCUGGAGGAGUUCAAAGUGUUUCAUCAAACUUCAAUUCCGGAAAUAAAUUUGAAGAAGGAUUUCACGCGCGUCCAGGCAGCGCUGUACUAUUUAAUCCUAAUGGAUCAUGCCCCCGUCGCCUCGCUUUUCGUCACAGAUGCCCAAAAGGACUUCAUGCUGCACUGCAUCCACGACUACAUCCGAACGGCGCUGUUCCUGGCCAACUUAGAAACCCAAAAACUGUACACGAUUGCAGCGAUUUGCAACCACGCCUGCAUUCCGAAUACGUUUGCCAUAACCAGUGAUGGCCGCAUGGUAUUCGUAGUGCUGCGUCGAAUCCAACCUAACGAGCAGAUUCUCACGUCGUACAACAUUAUGCACGUAGAGGGCGACAUGGGUCAUGACAAUCCCUACGCCAGACAGCUCGCCAUGCAGUUCAAGUGCAUUUGUCCGGUUUGCAAACCGGCCGGGUCUCGAGUGGCCAACUCAAACGCACCGCUUCCGAUUCCGUCCGGUGAUGUCGAUGAGCUUCGGCGCAAACUGUUCGGCGGGGAUGGUCCCGAGGGUCAGCUGGUGACCCUUCGUCGCUUCAUGCAGCAAUACGGUCAUCUGCAUCCGGACCAUCCGCUGUUCGAUACGUACAUCCGGAAGUAUCGUGCGGGAUUGAUGCAGGUAUAUCUGUACUACGUUGAUAAUGCCCAUCGGGCGCGAGCUGCCAUAGAUGCCGAAGUGGAAGAAGCGACCAACCGACAGAAGUAGAAAUCGGCUCUGAUCUUUAUUCCAAGGUAUGUUUUUAUAAAAUGCUGGAGUUUUAAAUAUUAUUUGAAUUUAUGUUUUGCUUAAGCUUGAAUAUAUGGAUG